AUGUUCACUUCCCCAAUUCCUCAGUAUAUCCAGCCCCUGGUAUAUCCAGCCUCAGUAUAUCCAGCCCUCAGUAUAUCCAGCCCCUCAUAUAUCCAGCCCUCGGUAUAUCCAGCCUCAGUAUAUCCAGCCCUGCAUAUCCAGCCUGCAUAUCCAAGCCCCCAGUAUAUCCAGCCCCAGUAUAUCCAGCCCUCAGUAUAUCCAGCCCCAGCAUAUCCAGCCCUCGGUAUAUCCAGCCCUCAGUAUAUCCAGCCCUCGGUAUAUCCAGCCCUCAGCAUAUCCAGCCCUCAGUAUAUCCAGCCUCAGUAUAUCCAGCCCCCAUAUAUCCAGCCCUCAGUAUAUCCAGCCCUCAGUAUAUCCAGCCCCUGCAUAUCCAAGCCCCCAGUAUAUCCAGCCUCAGUAUAUCCAGCCCUCAGCAUCCAGCCCUCAGAUCCAGCCCCUAGUAUAUCCAGCCCUCAGUAUAUCCAGCCCUCGGCAUAUCCAGCCUCAGUAUAUCCAGCCCUCAGUAUAUCCAGCCCUCAGUAUAUCCAGCCCUCAGUAUAUCCAGCCCUCAGUAUCCAGCCCUCGUAUAUCCAGCCCUCAGUAUAUCCAGCCCUCGGUAUAUCCAGCCCUCAGUAUAUCCAGCCCUCAGUAUAUCCAGCCCUCAGUAUAUCCAGCCUCAGCAUAUCCAGCCCCUGCAAUCCAGCCCUCAGUAUAUCCAGCCCUCAGUAUAUCCAGCCUCAGUAUAUCCAGCCUCAGUAUAUCCAGCCUCCUCAGCCCUCAGUAUAUCCAGCCCUCAGUAUAUCCAGCCUCAGUAUAUCCAGCCCUCAGUAUAUCCAGCCCUCAGUAUAUCCAGCCCUCAGUAUCAGCCUUGUAUCCCAGCCUCGUAUAUCCAGCCCUCAGUAUAUCCAGCCCUCAGUAUAUCCAGCCCUCGGUAUAUCCAGCCUCUCAGUAUAUCCAGCCUCGGUAUAUCCAGCCCUCAGUAAGCCCUCAGUAUAUCCAGCCCUCAGUAUAUCCAGCCCUCAGUAUAUCCAGCCCUCAGUAUAUCCAGCCCUCGGUAUAUCCAGCCCUCAUAUCCAGCCCCUAGCCCCUCAUAUCCAGCCCCAGUAUAUCCAGCCCUCAGUAUAUCCUCAGCAUAUCCAGCCCUCAGUAUAUCCAGCCCUCAGUAUAUCCAGCCUCCCAGUAUAUCCAGCCCUCAGUAUAUCCAGCCCUCAGUAUAUCCAGCCCUCAGUAUAUCCAGCCCUCAGUAUAUCCAGCCCCUGCAUGUCAGCCCUGUGGCAUAUCCAGCCCGUCAGUUCCGCCUCGUAUACAGCCUCAGUAUAUUCCAGCCCUCGUGAUCCCAGCCCCAGGUCCAGCCAUAUCCAGCCUCAGUAUCCAGCCCUCAGUAUAUCCAGCCCUCAGUAUAUCCAGCCCUCAGUAUAUCCAGCCCUCAGUAUCCAGCCUCAGUAUAUCCAGCCCUCAGUAUAUCCAGCCUCAGUAUAUCCAAGCCCUCAGUAUAUCCAGCCCUCAGUAUAUCCAUAG